AUGACCCCGUGCUUCAAUUGUUGGUGUAUGAGUCCUCAGCGAAACACCACAGAGUGCCUCCUGGAUAUUAUUUGCCUCCCAUCGUCAUCGGCAUCGUCAUCGCUACGAGAACAAGUGAACAGCCAUGGGCUCGGGCAUGCUGUCACCAUCAACAGCUCCGGCUGCUUAGCCGGAGCUGAUGGUGAUGACGUAGCUCGACCCAAGGGAGGUGCUUCCGAAGUGCUAAUUUGCCGUGUCUUGCAACCUCAUGUUGCACGUUGUGGGCCUGUCUGUCAGACAGAACAGCACGCAAACGACUACAGCGGAUCUGCUGGACUCAGGAUCAACAGCAUAUCUGGUUGGUCUGACGAUCUCGACCAAAAGUACCUGCCGUUUUGUGUCUGGCUGUACGGCGAACCUGACAUUGACACACCAGGCCGCACUCACCUAAGCUGUGUGGACGCUGCAACCUACAUACCACACACUUGGAGCCUCCGUGGACUAGUGUACAUUCUCGCCUGGUAA